AUGUCCUCCCAUGGCCAAUUCAUACAGGAAAUAAUACGCGGGUUUUACGAUUUCUUUCGACUCAUAAUACCGGAGCCUCAAAACCGCAUACCAAUCGCUCUAGAUGUCAUCCCUUAUUCGUUGUCCUGGUUCAUUCCAUUCUUUUUCUUAGCUUACCUUGCCCGGCGCCCGCAGACGUACCUAAUACGGCUGCUACUACUGCCAAUAGUAAUUACUUCAACUCUCGCGUCAGCAUUCCGAUAUUGCUGGACUAUACCGGCUUUGAAUGUCUAUAAUUGGGGUCAAGGUCUGGCUGCAGAAGUCGUAAUAGCCAAAGCUCUGGAAUAUGCACUCACACCCGAAGGCAUGUUGCGAAUGGGGGAAUCUCAACCGAAUCAACCGAAAGGCAAAGCAAAAGCAAAACAUUACUCGAAUGGCGAUACUCAAAAUAUAGACGCAGACUCCCGAUUAUCAUCCCCGGAACAUCAACGUUCUGACUUCAUAUCUGCCUUCGGAGAUGCAUUAAAUCUUGCACACGAAAUGCGGGGUUCGGGUUGGAAAUUCGGCGUCGGGACACAUAUACCUAAACUAACUAGACCUCUAGAGCGGAAAGAGUUCAUUAACGUGACCCUCUGGUCAUUCAUUGAACACUUCCUCCUCCUCGACUUCAUCGAAUCCAUCAUUAAACUGUUUCCCGGUGUUGGUACACCAGCCGGUGGAUCCAUUUUUUACCAAAAUCUUCCUAUACCGCAACGAUAUAUUGUGUCUACAACGAUACACAUGCUUACAGGAACCGCCCUUCUUUCCGGGUUCCAUAUGGUUUACGACCUUUUGACGAUCAUAGCUGUUUACGUCUGCGACGAUUCACCCUCCUCAUGGCCUCCCGUGAUGGAUCAUCCAUGGACAGCGGACUCCAUGCACGUCUUCUGGGCUAAACGGUGGCAUCAAUUGUUGAAGCGUACUUUUGUUGUGUAUGGAGGCAUUCCAGGUAAAUGGGUCGCUGGAAAUAUUGGUGCACUACUUGGCACCUUCAUCGCGUCUGGGCUAUUCCAUGAAUGUGCGAUAUACGCUAUGGGUCAGGGAUUUGACCCUGUUGUUCCUGCAUUCUUUGCGUUGCAAGGUCCAAUAUUAAUCCUGGAGAGGGUGUGGAGAAUUGUGACCGGAAAAAGGGUUGGAGGAUGGAUAGGGAGAUUGUGGGUUUACUCGAUGAUGUUUUUCUUUGCUCAACCGAUGAUUGAUUCUUGGCAUAGGCGUGGAUUGGGCGGUGGGAUGGUGAUUCCCCCUUUCAUUAGUCCCGCAAGAGUGGUGCUCCCCCUCUUGGUCCGUGUAUUCGACGCUACGGUGCUGGCAAAAUGA